AUGGAUAAUGGGUGGUGUUACAAUAAAAACAGUAGUGGCCGACUACAAGUGGGGAGCGUAAGUGAGUUAAGGGAGAAGCUAAACAGAGUCAACUCAGAGAACAAGAAGCUGACAGAGAUGCUAGAAACAGUCUACGAGAACUACUACAUAUUACAUCAUCAUCUGGAGAAGCUCCAGAGUCGAAGUAGCCAUGAAAUAGAUAUGAUCUAA